CUCUGUGACGUCACUGACAGGGUGCGCGACAGUCUUGCAACAUCAGUGAAAAGAGAGAGCGGUGCACAAUAACACCGCCGAAUAGGACUUCAUGAGGACAUAAAAGACACCGUGACUACCAUAUCAUGCAACACACUAGGCGACAGGAUUUGCAUAGUACCUUCUCAAAUCAUUUAACUGCGUCUUAAUUGCUUGAGCAAAGGCAACGGAGGUAGUGGAAAGAGGUGCAUCUCUUCGACGGGGAGGCUGGGGAUGAGCGCCUCAUGUUAUUAGCAGCUUUACUGACAUGGACGAUUAAACAUGCGGCAACACAAGGAACGCUUGAAGGCUUGCGGUGGGAUCUGAGCCGUGGGGGUGUGUGCGUGGGAAAAGAUCGGUGAUGCAAGGUGGAUGGUCAAGCCGUACAGGUGCCCCAGGGGAGGGCUAACCUGUCCCGACCUGAUGCGCCCUGUCCUACUGUGGUGAGAGCCACAAGCACAACGCGUGCACGCCGACCGGCUCGAGGGUUGGCAGGAGCCCGCAGCCAUGCUGCCCGGAGUAGGGGUGUUUGGCACCAACCUCACGGCCAGGGUAAUCAUCCCUCUGCUGAAAAACGAGGGCUUUUCUGUAAAGGCAUUGUGGGGUAGAACUCAGGAAGAAGCAGAGGAACUGGCCAAGGAAAUGAACGUGCCCUUCUACACUAACCGGAUAGACGACGUGCUUCUGCACCAGGAUGUGGACCUGGUGUGCAUCAACCUGCCUCCGCCGCUCACCCGACAGAUUGCAGUCAAGACACUCGGCAUCGGCAAGAAUGUUAUUUGUGAUCGAACAGCCACCCCAUUGGAUGCUUUUCGAAUGAUGUCUGCAGCCCAUUACUACCCCAAAUUGAUGAGCAUCAUGGGCAAUGUGCUACGAUUUCUACCUUCAUUUGUCAAGAUGAAGCAGCUGGUGGAAGAGGGAUAUGUGGGAGAACUUCUGGUUUGUGAGGCACAGGUGCAUAGUGGAAGUCUGCUCGGAAAAAAGUACAAUUGGAGCUGUGAUGACUUAAUGGGAGGUGGGGGUUUACAUUCUGUUGGAAGUUACAUCAUUGAUCUGUUGACCUUCUUAACUGGCCAGAAAGCUUGUAAAGUACACGGCUUCCUCAAGACCUUUGUCAAGCAGACUGAUCACAUCAAGGGUAUUCGGCAAAUCACCAGCGAUGAUUUUUGUACAUUUCAGAUGAUUCUGGAAGGAGGUGCAUGUUGCACAGUUACAUUAAAUUUUAAUGUCCCUGGGGAAUUUAGACAAGAGGUUAUAGUAGUAGGUUCUGUUGGAAGACUAAUGGUCAGUGGAACUGAUCUUUAUGGACAGAAAAAUAAUGCUGCCCAAAGGGAACUUCUUUUAAAGGACUCAACAACAUUGGGGAACACUUCCUUGCCAGAGAAAGCCUUCAGUGACAUACCCUCACCAUACCUCACUGGCACAAUUCGAAUGGUACAGGCUGUGCGAAAAGCUUUUCAGGACCAAGAAGAUAGGCGCACAUGGGAUGUAAGACCUCUCACCAUGGCAGCCACCUUUGAAGAUUGUUUGUAUGCUCUCUGUGUUGUGGACACUAUCAAAAAGUCUAGCCAGACUGGAGAAUGGCAAAAUAUUGUCAUAAUGACUGAAGAACCUGAGCUGAGCCCUGCUUACUUGAUUAGUGAAGCUAUGCGCCGAAGUAGAAUGUCCCUGUAUUGUUAACCUGAACAAAGCAUAACUGGCAAAAAGAUGUUUUUGUUGGUUUAUGUGAAUGUGAUGGCAGGAAACUAGCAUAAAAGCAUUGAAGAGAAUAUGUGUACCCAGUGUGUUAAAGAUUCCACCUUAGUCAUCAGUCUCUGGGUAAAAUCUCUUUUUAAGUUGUGUGAGUGCAAAAUGAGUAGAAAAUUGCACAUGCUGAAAACUGCACUGAAGAUCCGUUCAAAAGACUCCGUAUCAAAUUAUUGAUUUUAAGUAUGACAUCCAGAAUUUUAAACUGUGACUUCAAAGACUUAGUUAUUCAUCUUUGGGUAGAAAAAAUGGUUAGAGCAAAUUGAGAAAAGAAUGUUUAUAAGUAAGCACCAUCAGCCUGCAAUACAUUCUGAAAUAGAGAAAAGAAGUAACUGCAUUGUUCAGCUAUUUUAGAGCAAAAUCUAACUUAUACCCAACAUAUGCUUGCUUUUAGUAUUGGAACAGGGCAUGGGGUUUGAAUGUUUGCACUCAUUCUGAUUAGGAAAUGUGUCUCUUGUUAAUAAUAAAUUUCCAAAAGUUUUAUCACUUUUAUUUCUCAUUCCAAUCUGCAGAAAUGGGCUAUAAUUUUCUUUGAACUCAGGGUCCUUGCUGCCACAUAAGAAAUGUUAAUUUAAUCCUAGUUUUUACAAUUAAAAAAACAAGCUUAGAAGAAGAAGAAGAACAUCAAAGACAAAAUGCAGUUCAUACAUAUAUUUAUAAAUAAUUAAUGUACAGAAUUAGGUAUUCUCAGUUCUUUUUCCAUAAUGCUUAAGAUAAUUUUACCUAUACAUAUGUAUUACAGUAUUAUAGUCAUUAUUGGGGUUCUGGCCUUGGGAUACCAGUAUUCAUUUUGGAAUGUAAUUUUCAUUUUGGAAAACAGGCUGAGCCAAAAUAUUCUGAACAGUAGUCCUGCAAGCUACACAGAAUAUAUGCAUCUCUUUUUUAAAAAGUGCAUAGUUUGCUUUUUCUGGAAAAAAGGACAACUGUGUUGCCAUACAUUCCUUCAACUUUCACCUGCAAUUUUAUUUAUUCUUUUGCUAAUAUGCAAAUAUGACUGCAUAUGCUAGUUGCAGGACUAACCAAUAUGCAAGUAUACUCAAGCACCUUGCAGAGUCUUAUGUGAAUCUUUAUAAUGUUAAGAAUUCAUAUUAUAUGGACAGACAAGUACACAGCACCUACCAGCAUCAAAUUGUUGUGUACUUUGCUGACCUGCUCUUCUCAAGGUACCAAAACAUGGUAGCAGAAGUACAUCUCUGUCCAGCAGGUAGUAAAACAACAACUCCCAUAAUGUAUAUCGACAUGCUAUGCCAUUCAUUGUCCUCUUCUGCCUGACUCCAACCUGUGUACUCCCUAAGAAUGAUUGCUCUCCCCAGGGAUCAAGAGUAACCCCAAAGUACUAAAACUGCUGCACACUGUUGCUUGCUGGUGAUCUCAAAUGUCACAUCACCCCCUAACCCUUAAGUGCCUUUUAAAGUAGAGUAGUUUAUAUGCCAUUAGUAGAUAAAACAUUGAUGGCAUACAAAAUAGAAACUUGCUGCUGCUGAAAGAAAUAACUUUUUGACUGCUUUAUGCACUCCAUAAAGUUUGGUCUUUUGCUCUCUCAAGAGUAGUGAUCCUUCAACCAUGUUGUCUAGACUCAACUAACAGAAAGAGUAAGAUAUUAAUCAUAAUCCUUGGUUUCACAACAUGUCUAGGCCAGUGUUUCAUAGGUUUUUAAGUGUAGUUACCAAAUUAGGGAAACAUGAGUCGUCCUAAGCCAUUGAAAGAGGUUUCAGACUGGACUAUUGAAAAUUCCUCCCCUAAGAUUAUCUCUAGCCAGUGCCACUUCCUGGUAGAAUGCAACUAUGCCUGUUUGGAUUAAAUUCAUGGACAGGUAUGUGAGCUGUAGGUAGUAAGAAAAUUGAAUUUAUUUCAUGCUGUUUGGUAUCUUCCAACACCGUAGGACUGAUAUUUGGUAAAAUAUACAAUAACAAGAAAAGCAGAUAUUCUGGAAUGGUCCCCAGCUUGUAUCCCAGUAGUUUUAUUAAUAUUUAAGAUGCAUCUGCAAUGUAGCACAACAGUUUAAAGCCAUAUAAUGCAGGAUAUAGCUGUCCUACAUCAAAUCCUUUGUAAUACUAAAAAAGUGAUAAUUUUAUGUGACAUAAAUCUGAAUCAGUUAUAACUGUUGGCAGUUAUGAGAAAUAUUUGUCUUUAAUGUAAAAUUCAGUGAGUUAUGUUCAAGAAAACAUAGGAGAGUGAUACUGCUAGUUGCUCAAGCACUUUCCACUCUAGACUUGAUUAUUUGCCUGUGUAUAGUAAAUCUCAAAUGUUUCACAAUCAUCAUAUGCCUAUUCUUUCUGGGAUUUUUACUUGGGUGGGCUGUAUUUAGGCUUUAGAGGCAGUUUCAAAAGUAGUUGUU